AUGAGGCAUGUCCCUGACCAGCUUUCCCUCAACACAGGGGAAGAGGCUGCUGGGGGUGACAGGCUCAUCCAUGAGCGGGACCUGGCGUGGCUGCAGCAGGCGGAUGUGGUCGUGGCAGAAGUGACACAGCCAUCCCUGGGUGUAGGCUAUGAGCUGGGCCGGGCUGUGGCCUUCAACAAGCGGAUCCUAUGCCUGUUCCGCCCGCAGUCUGGCCGUGUGCUUUCGGCCAUGAUCCGGGGAGCAGCAGAUGGCUCUCGGUUCCAGGUGUGGGACUAUGAGGAGGGAGAGGUGGAGGCGCUGCUGGAUCGAUACUUCGAGGCUGAUCCUCCAGGGCAGGUGGCUGCCUCCCCUGACCCACCCACUUGACUUAAUCUCACUUUCUUAAAUUCUUCUGUUCUCAGACACUGCUCUAAGUACCAUUCCUUCCUCUUAGCCCCAGGAGCAAAUUAAAAGGUACAGUUAAAAUCCUAA